AUGGUGAUUGGCAGACUCAUUCACUACGCAGUCGAUGCCGUCCUCAUCUCCACUGUGCUGGCAGGAGUGAAGCGAUCAAGCGGGUUUGCGCCAGACACACUUCUCAUAUCUGAUCCUACUGCUCGCAGCCUUGUCGACAAGUAUCUGGGAGUCGGCGAUUCUGUAUUUGACAUGGUACAAGCCACGGCCGUGGGCAGCACGUAUUGGAAAAGAGAAGCGAGGCGGUGA